AUGGUCCCCUUCCCGCGUCUCCACUUCUUCACCGCCGGUUACGCCCCCCUCGUCGCGACCAGCAACCGCGCCUACACCGCGUCCAACGUCUCGGACCUCACCUCGGCCCUCUUCCAGCGCCGCUCGCUCCUUGCCGCCAUCGACCCCGCCAUGGGCAAGUACCUCACCGUCUCGGUCGCCUACCGCGGCAAGCUCUCCAUGCGCGACAUUGAGUCCUCGAUCUACGACUUCCAGAACAAGAACUCGGACCACUUCGUCCCCUGGAUCCCCAACGGCGCCCUCACUACCCUCUGCACCGUCCCUCCCGUCGGCCAGACCGCGUCCGCCACCCUCGUCGCCAACACCACCGCUAUCUCCGAGGUCUUCAAGCGCUCGCACGUUCAGUUCCGCCAGCUCUUAGCUGACGAAACAGGCGAGGGAAUGGACGAGAUGGAGUUCACCGAGGCCGAGUCCAACCUGGCCGACCUCUGCGAGGAGUACGACCAGUACGAGUCCGCGCAGCUCGACGAAGAGUACGAGGACGAGGUUGAGGAGGUCACCGAGGAGUUCGCGGAGGAGUACGCCGAGUAA